AUGUAUGAAUUGAUCAUCUAUCCUUCCUUGAUUCUUGUUUCAGCACGAAAGGGUGUGAAGAACAAGAACAGUAUGAACGAUGCGUCACUAUUGUGGAACAAGCUAACCCCUGAGGCGCAAGCUGCCUAUCAAAAUGGUGUACCAGAUGACGAUUACAAGACAGACGAUGAUGAAACACCUGUCGACAAUGGGACUCGCAAGUCGAUGUCAUUCAAGAGGGCCUCUGAACAAGUCCAGAGCUUUCUGGAUGAUUGGUUUUGCAAGGCAAGUGGUUUUUUGAUUGCUUAUUGA